AUGGCGACGUGGUCGCCACCAUCGUACAGCAGCAACCGCUUCCGCACGCUGCUAACUAUCCAUUAUCAUGUCACCGUUUUACUUAUCAAUCGGCCAAUGCUAGAUUCAAUCACUGAGCACGGGCUCGGACAAGACACGUUCCAUCCAUGUACUGGUGAGAUAUCAGUAGCCGUUGGAAAUGACUUUGCAGCAGUGAAGGAACUCGAAAAUAUCGUAUCCUGCAUAGCCAAAACAUGCCCAGAGUAUUUGGACAACAAUGCGGUCUGGUGGACCUGCAACUACUAUGUCUUCACGGCCGCCUUGCAUUUGUUUGCGAUACUUCUUGCGAGCUACCAAGACAAAUCCACCGUGCCAAACAGAUUGCCUGACUCGUUGGACGUUCGAAAAGCCGUGGCAUCAAGCUUGCAGACACUGGAAAGGAUUGAUAGAGGCAGCCUGAUGAGCCGGAAAGGCCGGCAGUGUUUGGAGAGAUUUCUGCAUGUGCUCGAGACGGUUGCGCCACAUACGGCAUCUGUGCCCAACGACAUGUCAUUCAAUGAUACUACGCUUACAGGCGCAUUUGAUGACAUGCUUGCACAGUUUGUCGCCGAACCCGCAUGCGACUUUGUUCUGCAAUCUAGCCAGCUAGGCUUCUUGGAUUCGGACAUGGGGUUUCCAGACUCUGGUUUUGGUGGCCAGCAGUCCUUUUGA